AUGUACCGCUUCAAAACCAGUGUCGCGGACCGCAACCGCCGACGCAUCGACUGGGUGGUCGCGGUCACAAACGACGUGCCUGAAAGCAACCGGCAGCAACUUCGGCAAGACGGGGCCAUCGUCGUGCCGGUGCAGGACGUUGGUCUACCGUCCUGGAUCAAGAUACCCAUCCAUCGGUGGAAGGACCAAUUCACCAAGCUCCGCCUCAUCCAAAUGACGCAGUACACUCGCCUGCUUUUCAUCGACGCCGACAGCCUGCUCACGCGGCCCAUCGACGAUGUAUUCGACGAGCUCGCGGUGCGUGAACCAAAGAGGACUGUCCCAGACCGUCCGUGGGAAGGAGGCGGCACAUACGUUGACGAAUACGUAUUUGCGGCCCGGCCGGACAACGGCUACCGACAGGGUCACGACCACGUCGUGCCGCCAGACCCGAUGGCCAGAAGCGACUACUUCAACGCGGGCUUCUGGGUCACGAGACCGUCCGAGGAAAUGUUCAGCCUCUUCAUGCACGUCAUGGCGCUGAACGACAGUUUCCCCUCCGUCAUGAUGGAACAGUCUAUGCUCAACCACAUCUUCCGCCACGACGGACCAAUGCCUUGGGAGGAGCUGAACUGGAGGUGGAAUGCGAAUUACCCCAAUGCAAGAGAUUUAGCGGCAGGGGUCCGCUGCUUACACCAAAAGUUUUGGCAAGAAGGGGACGAACAUCUGCGCUCGUUAUGGCACAGCUGGCGUGCAAGAAUGGAGAAUUACUACCGCGGAAUAGAAGCUUUAAAAUGA